GCCACAUCAGACCAAAGACCAUUCAUUCAAAUAGUGACACAGCUCCACUCAUAAUUCCACACCCUUUUCGUAAAGCUCAAAGCUUUGUUGCAAUCAUUCGGUCAAAUGGGGGAUGAUGGAAAGAAGAACGGAGGAGAGGGGGAGUUGGUGAAAGUGGAACCGAAACCCAGCAAUGGCUUCACCUCGAAAGUGAUUGAUUUGUUGGAGAAGCUGGUGGUGAAGUUUUUGUAUGACACUUCACUGCCCCAUCACUACCUCGCUGGUAAUUUUGCUCCUGUCACCGAGACCCCUCCCACUAAGGACCUUCCUGUCAAAGGGCACCUCCCGGAUUGCUUGAAUGGGGAGUUUGUCAGAGUUGGACCUAAUCCGAAGUUUUCUCCUGUUGCCGGAUAUCACUGGUUUGAUGGAGAUGGAAUGAUUCAUGGUUUGCGCAUCAAAGAUGGAAAAGCUACAUAUGUUUCACGUUUUGUGAAAACUUCUCGUCUUAAACAAGAAGAAUACUUUGGACGGUCCAAAUUUAUGAAGAUUGGAGAUCUCAAGGGUCUAUUUGGACUUUUAAUGGUUAACAUACAUAUGCUGAGAACUAAAUUCAAAGUGUUGGAUGUUUCUUAUGGAGGUGGAACAGCCAAUACUGCUCUUGUAUAUCACCAUGGGAAGCUUCUAGCUCUCUCAGAAGCAGAUAAACCUUAUGCUAUUAAAGUUUUUGAAGAUGGUGAUUUGCAGACACUUGGAAUGCUAGAUUAUGAUAAAAGAUUAGGCCACUCCUUCACUGCUCAUCCAAAAGUUGAUCCAUUUACUGGGGAGAUGUUUACAUUUGGCUAUGCACAUACACCACCAUAUAUCACAUACAGAGUAAUUUCAAAAGAUGGUUAUAUGCAUGAUCCUGUACCCAUAACAGUAUCAGAUCCCAUCAUGAUGCAUGACUUUGCCAUCACAGAGAAUUAUGCAAUAUUCUUGGAUCUUCCUCUGAUUUUUAGGCCAAAGGAAAUGGUGAAGAAUAAUACAUUGAUAUUCUCAUUUGAUUCAACCAGGAAAGCCCGUUUUGGUGUGCUACCUCGGUAUGCUAAGGAUGAAAAGAAUAUUAGAUGGUUUGAGCUACCAAACUGCUUCAUAUUCCACAAUGCCAAUGCUUGGGAGGAGGAAGAUGAAGUUGUUCUGAUCACAUGCCGCCUUCAGAAUCCAAAGUUGGACAACGUCGGUGGGGCUGUCCAGGAAAAGCAUGAAAAUUUCUCAAAUGAGCUGUAUGAAAUGAGAUUUAACAUGAAAACUGGUGAAGCUUCUCAAAAGAAAUUGUCAGCCUCUGCUGUAGAUUUUCCUAGAGUCAAUGAAAGCUACACUGGCAGGAAGCAGCGAUAUGUUUAUGGUACCACAUUAGACAACAUUGCAAAAGUUACCGGCAUAAUCAAAUUUGAUUUGCAUGCCGAACCAGAUCAUGGAAAAGAAAAGCUUGAAGUUGGAGGAAAUGUUCAGGGACUCUAUGACUUGGGACCAGGAAAGUUUGGUUCGGAAGCUGUUUAUAUCCCUCGUGUCCCUGGAAUAGAUUCUGAAGAAGAUGAUGGAUACUUGGUCUUGUUUGUACAUGAUGAAAAUGCAGGAAAAUCAUUUGUGCAUGUCAUUGAUGCAAAAACAAUGUCAGCAGAUCCUGUUGCGGUUGUGGAAUUGCCCAAUAGAGUUCCAUAUGGUUUCCAUGCCUUCUUUGUGACUGAGGAACAAUUGCAAGAACAAGCAAAACUGUGAUAAUGGUUGCAGCCUCACUGUGUUGUUCUGCCUCAAUCUUUGUAUACAUUUUGCUACAAAUAAUGGUAUAUACUUUAAGAUAAUAAUAUAUUAAGCAAUAAUAAAGAUUAAUGGAAUAUUCAUACUAGUUACUCGUA